AUGACAUCACCUCUCGAAGACGCAGAUGCGGAUCUCGCGCGGCGGCUCCAUCAAGAAUGGUCGAAAUCGGACGCCAUGAAUCGUCCAGACAGCGGAGGGGUGGAGAGUGAGCCGACUGUAAUGGAAGCUCAGGAGGUACAGGAGUCCGUCCGCAGUUUCGCCCAGCCAAUCAUCAAAGCGAAGUGCGAGAAGUGCAGGCAGAUGCUGUUCAAGGAGGCCGACAUUCUUGCAUACGCUCGAAACCUUCUUGAACAUGCAGAUGGCACAAAACUCAACUGUCUCUCCUGCGGCACACAGACUGCACAUCCUCACUCUCGAGCGACUUUGAUCUGGAUCGUUCUCUGCUUCUUCGACAGCAUGUCCAAGCACAACCAGGCUCAGAAGAAGAGCAAGAAGGUCGGCUGGGUAGAUACGGAGCUGGGGAGGGCAGAGGGCAGCUGGGGCGGUCACCACAACGGCACAGGAUACGGAGGUGUAAGGGAGAAAGCUCACAAAGCGCCAAAGAUGCCCAAGACUACCAAAGAGCUCAAGAUGCCCUCAACAGCGCCCAACCUCGACACUACCCAGCCCGCAGGGUUUGAAAGCGAAUACACCCACACCGACGAUGACGACGACUAUGAAGACUACAUCAAAGAAUUUCUUGCCAAGCAAGCUGCUGAACCUGCCGUAGAUGCUUUUGCGGCUCAUGGUCAGCCACGCUCGUCAGAGCCGCGACCACUGAACGAGGACGAUAGCAUGACGCAAAAAGCGAUGCAUUGCUUGAUCAAGCUACUGCCUUCUGUUGAACGUGUAGAAGCUUGUGACUUCGAUCCACCUCGCAAGCAAAUACAAUCCCUCCUACUCUGUAGCUCGAUUUUGGAGCGUACAGCAGAUCUUCUCCGGAACAACCAUCUCGAUGAUGUGAUCAAUCAGGCUGCACUGUACAUGUCGCUCAUUCAGUUUCUCGAGAUACUCGCAAAGCAUCCAUCCACGAGUCCACUAGUUUUUGGUGAGAGAAUCAUUCGUUCCCCAGCUGCAAACAUCUUGCAGAUCUCUCUCGGAGAAGCAGAGCUUGCAUCAGAAGCCGCAGAUACAACCUUCCCUCUUACCAAGUGGGCGAGCGAACUCGCUAGUGUGGCAGAUGUCAUGUUGAAAACACCGGACGCUAAUGCCGAUGAUGUUCGACUUUUCCGCUCCAUCACCGACCUUCACGGCUUCAUGGCUGCCAACGCAGGCUUCGUCAAGAAGACGUCAAAGCUCGAGAAAAACCACUGGCACAAAGAAUUUGCCAUUUCGGAAGUCCCAGACCAUUUCAUCAUAGAUCGAUACGGUCUGAUCACUGGGACGCCGCAAGAAACCCGUCCAACAGGGCAGAUGAAGCGAAUCAUGCAAGAGCUUGGCCAGCUCAAGACAGGUCUCCCACCGGGUAUCUUCGUGAGAUACUGCGAAAUACGCCCAGGCAUCAUGAAGAUCCUCAUCAUCGGACCAAAGGAUACUCCGUAUGAGAAUGGGCUGUUCGAGUUCGACCUUUUGUGUGAUGCAAGCUUUCCAUGGUUGCCACCAAAGAUGGAUUUUCGGACCACUGGUGGUGGAGUUGUCAACUUCAACCCAAACCUGUAUCAGUGUGGACAGGUAUGUCUUUCUCUGCUCGGCACAUGGCCUGGUGAGCCCUGGGAUCCAAAACAGAGCACUUUGCUGCAGAUCGUCGUUAGCAUCCAGGCCAUGAUAUUCUGCGAACACCCGUGGCAGAACGAGCCCGGACACGAGUACUCCUCCUACUCAGGUGCAGUUGACGGGAGCAAGGCAUACAACCGCAGCCUCUACCCGCAUACGAUUCAAACUGCCAUGCUUGACUGGUUGGAGCAGAAGAGCUUCAGCAUAGCGCCCCAUGGUCUCGAUAACCCUGAUGGCCUCGGGGAAGAGAAGAUUGAGCCGAAAAUUGACACACAAAACAUCUGGACUGAGAUUGUCAAGAGACAUUUUGACGACAAUGCAAAGGACAUUAUGGAGACGGUUCGGAAUUGGGUCAAAGAGGGGAUUUCUACGCCAGCGUCUCGUCCUGAARAGGCUGAAUUCGCGAAGAAAGGCACUAUAACUGGGGAUGAAGUAGAAUCGGCUAUGACUGGUCCACAUCUUCCUAGUAAUGCACCUCCGCCGUUACCAUCCUCAAGCACCAAACACUUUGCGCCAAUGUUCUCAGCGCCCGGCUUCCCGACCGGCAUUCUCUCAAAAUCGUACGCUGCAUACCAUGCCAAGUUGAACGCCAACCAACAAGCUACGUCACAGAAUCAGUCACACCCUCCACCACAUUUUCCCGUCGACCAAACAGUAUCCGAAACCAUGUUUGUCUCGCAAAAGGUUAUCGGCCUCGUGCCAUCCGGAAGUCCUUUAGGUACUAGAAAUCAGGGUAAAGUCCUAGGAGGGGAAGAUCUAGUUAAGAUGCUCAAGGAGGCCGUGGUUGAAUUAAAGAAGAAGCGGGAAGAAAAGGAGUAA